AAUACAGCCUCUUCUGAGCUUCAACCGAGGACUUUAAGCCGAGUCUUGAAGAUAGAAGUUGGACUUUGACUCGAGACUCGUCAUAUAAAGUAGAGGAGAGGGGAAAAGAAGGCAAUUUCACCCAACAGAGAGAGGAAGAGACAACAGCCAUGACCAUGUGGAGGACAGCCGGAGCUCUACUGCUAAUACUACAUACUGUGUUUGGCCAAAGCAGCAUCAGAUGGUGCACCAUCUCAAAUGAAGAGCAGAAGAAAUGUCACGCCAUGUCGCAGGCUUUCUCCCAAGUCUCCAUCCGUCCGUCCCUCACCUGUGUCAAAGGAAUGGCAGUCGAGGCCUGCGUUCAGAAACUACAGAAGAAAGAAGCAGACGCCUUGUCCAUGUUCAGCACCGACAUCUACAACCUGGGGAAGACAGCUUCCUUCAAGAUGGCUGCCAGCGAAUCAAAGGCUGAUCGUAGCGGUACUUCCUACUAUGCAGUUGCUGUGGUGAAGAAAGCAAAUUCUGGCAUCAACAUCAACAACCUGGCAGGAAAAAAGAGCUGUCACACUGGGAAAGGCCGAACAGCCGGCUGGAAUAUGCCUUUGGGAUACCUCAUAGACCAGGGCUACAUGUCUGUGAUGGGCUGCGACUUCUCACAGGGGGUGGCAGAAUUCUUCAAUGCGAGCUGUAUCCCCGGAGCAAACCAGGCUGGUGAUCCUAAGUCUUUGUGUCAGCUGUGCAAAGGAGAUAAUGCCGGAAAUCACAAAUGUGAAAUGAGCGUCCAAGAGAGAUACUUCAGCUAUGAAGGAGCUUUCAGAUGUCUGGUUGAAGAUGCAGGAGAAGUGGCCUUCAUCAAACACACAACUGUUGAGGAGAACACUGGUGGUCGUGGACCAGAAUGGGCAAAACCACUGCUGUCAUCGGACUAUGAGCUGUUGUGUCGUGACGGCAGCAGAGCUCCCGUCUCUCAGUGGAACAGAUGCCAUCUAGUCCGCGUCCCAUUUCGUGGGAUUGCGGUCGGCAAUCACAUCACUCCCUCUGUGGUGUUUACCAUGCUGAAGGAGGGCCUGGAAAAGUCAAACUUCAACAUGUUUUCCUCUGCGGAAUAUGGAGGAGGAACCGUUCUCUUCUCUGAGUCAACCACCAUGUUUCAGGAGGUGGAGUCAGAAGACCCCCAGAAGUGGAUGGGUCACUACUAUUACAAUGCUCUGAGAGCUAUGGACUGUAAAGCUGAAGACGCCCUGCGGUGGUGUGUGUUGACAGGCCGUGAGCAGGAGAAGUGCGCUGACAUGGGCGCAGCCUUUCAAAGUAAAGGUUUGACUCCAGCUGUCAGGUGUGUCCAUGGGGACUCUGUGACUAACUGCAUGGACAAAAUCAAGAACAAGGAGGCUGAUGCUAUCACUCUGGAUGGAGGUUACAUCUACACUGCAGGCAAAGAGUACGGCUUGGUCCCUGCUACUGCCGAGAGCUACACAGACGACCGUGAUGGCUCCAUAUACUAUGCAGUUGCGGUGGUAAAAAAGAGUAGCCAAGACAUCCGUAACCUUGACGACCUGAGAGGCCGGCGCUCCUGUCACACCGGAUAUGGCCGCACGGCUGGCUGGAACAUUCCCGUAGCAACGCUGAUGGAGAGAGGCCUGAUCAACCCUCAGCAAUGUCAGAUACCCCAAGCAAUGGGAGAGUUCUUCCAGCAGAGUUGUGUACCAGGUGCCAACCAGCCCGGUUUUCCCAGCAGCCUGUGUGGUCUGUGUGUGGGAGACAGCAAAGGACAGAACAAGUGUGACAAGGGAAAAGACCUGUAUGACGGAUACAAUGGUGCCUUCAGGUGUCUGGCGAGGGGAGAUGGAGAUGUUGCUUUCGUCAAGCAUUCUACUGUCUUCCAAAACACAGAUGGUAGCGGUGAAUCGUGGGCAACGGAUCUACGGUCUACAGAUUUCCAGCUGCUGUGUUCUCAUGGCACUAAAGCCGAGGUCUCACAGUACAGACACUGUCACCUGGCCAGAGUCCCUUCCCACGCCGUGAUGGUGCGGCCCGACACCAACAUCCACGCUGUCUAUGGACUCCUGGACCAUGCACAGAAAUAUUUUGGCAGCGAUACAAAUCCUGGUUUCCGGAUGUUUGACUCGGAGGCCUACGGUGAAGCAGAUCUCAUCUUCAAAGACUCCACUGUUCGCCUCGUGAGUGUCGGUGACAAAAAGACCUAUCAGGAGUGGCUGGGCCAGGGCUACAUGGACUCACUGGUCGACCUUGACUGUAACUCAUCAGUUACAGUCAUGUCAUCCGUAUGGCUGCUGCUGAUGGCCCUGUUCAGCUUCAUGCUGACCCACCUCUGAAUGUAAAGAUAUAACAUGAGACAGGCGAACAUUUUCUCUAUACUUAUUCCCUUCCUCCUCUCUUUAAUUGUCCUCCUUCUAUCCUUGAAUCUGUGUUUCUGUCCUAAAAUUGCAUCUUUUCUACCUGAUUGUGUGUUAUUUUAAUAUAUGAGAGGAUGGCAUGUUGGAACUGCCUCUGGAUUGAAAUGUUUCUAGUGUUGAAGCAAAAGAAGCACAAUUGUUUGUGUGGCAGAGAAGAGACUUUUGGUGCCCUCAGCCAGUGUGAAUCAGACAUGUCGAGAGAAGGUGUUGCUGCCACUUUGUUUACUGAAGGUGAGCUGCCAUAUCAGUGUGUAUGCUGCCACCUGUUACAUUGCUUUAGUGCGUAGUGCAUCCCUGUCUCUCCAAAGCUAGUUUUACAGAACAGACAGAUCUGAUUUUUAACCUCAUAUGAGCUGCAGAUAAUGUUUUGUGGUGUCACAUCAAACAAUUACAUUUAAAAAAAUAAAAAUUUCUUCCCAGAAACGCUGGAUAAUUCACUACGUUUUUUGUAAUCUAGGUGAACUGACACUUUAAGAAGCACUAGCAGCAGUAACAUGGAUAGGAAGUUUACUUUUGAACUCCUUAAUAUUAAAAUCAACUCGUUCAGUCAGCCUGAAUAUCCUGUUUCUUGCUCAAAAACCACACAACCACACUAAAAAAAAAACUUUUAAUUGUAACUGACCCCAGAUCAGCUCCCCUAUUUUUAACAGCUUCAUGUGAGUAUAGAAGUCAGAUUGCUGUUCUGCUCUGCUGCCACUUGCUCUUCGAGUACAAACGAACACGGCCUUCCUUUAGUUUGGGCUGUGUUUCUCCAAUAAGCUAAUGCCAUAUCAGAGAAUAUGCACUAGUGUUGCCUCCACACAGAACUGUGCUGGGGAUGGUGUGAUGAUGAGUGUCUGAGUGUUUGUCCAUAGGCUGUCUACUUCGUGUAUUCUCCUCAAAUGUCUAAAAAUCAAGAAGUGAAAUGCUUUAAUAUAAUUCAUGUUGAGCCUGCUUGCAGCUGCACAUAGAAAUUGUUGUAUUAUUGUUACUAAUCUGAUGCUUUUGGAUGGGAAAUGCUUUAGCAGCAGAUAGUCAGCAGCCCUUCCACCUACAGCCAUUUUUUCCCACACCUUUUUAGCAUUUCAAUUUACAUAUUUAGACACAAAUGGAGUGAGUAACUCUGGUCAGGUUUUGUCAGAUUUGGGGAGAACAUAAAGAAAACAUCCUGUGUUUUGUGCUGGAGAGUGAAUGAGGUUUGUUUGUCUGGAUGGUUUAAGUCAAAGAGAAAGACAACAGGCUUUAAUGUAUUAAUGUGAUUCCAACUUUUACUUUGACUUACAGAAAGACAUUUUACUCCAUUUGGGUUUGGGAAGGGAUUUAGCUUAAUGCUGUUAGUCAUGGAAGAGUGUCAAAGGAAUAAAACGCCAUUAAAAGAAUAAUAAUAAUGGACUUAAGAUCUGCUCUCAUGUCCUCUAACUCAAACUAACCAGUUCUUGUCAUAUCUACUGUAUCUCCUGCUGCCUGAUGCUGUUUCCUGUUUUAAAAUGUUGAUUUGGAUGUGUAUUUUCCUAUGUUGAGAGAUUUAUUUUUAUAUGAAGUUCAGAUGCCAUAUCAGUGUAUAUGUACUGACUCAUGCUGUCAGAAACCAAUGCCUUCUCUUCCUCCUGAUAGAGAUUUAUUUCUAUGUGAAAUGAUGUAACAUGUAACUAAUAUUUAGUUGCCAGGCCAGUGCGUCUGCACAAGUAUUGCUACAUAAAGCUGCCGACUUGAGCUGUUUUCUGUGCUUGUUCAAAUGAAAUAAAGCUACGUACUGCAAUAAUG